AUGUAAUCAGCCACAUUUCACACUCUGAACUUAAGAGAGCCGAUUAACAAGAAGGAAAAAUAGUUAAGUUUAAAAAAUAACGCAAAGUAAAGAUAGAAGACCUAUUUGAAGGAGCUCUUAGUGCAGAACUUCAUUAAAAAGUACAGUUCUAAGUUAUAAUUAUCAAAGAAUUCUGCUCAGACUUCAAUCAUAAUAUCAAACAUUGUUGCUGCGGAAAUAGAAAAAUUUUUGGAUAAGGAGCAAUUAACAUAGAAAAAUCUGAAAUAGUUUGAGCAAUAGCUUGAAAUAACUUUGGGAAAAGAUUCAAGAAUAAGUCAAUUAUUAGAUUCAAAUGCAGAACCUGUUUAAAGACUAAAUCAGGAUUAGUCUCUUAUGAGUAUUCAGCAAAGAAGAGAUGCCUCAGCAAUAGUAAUAGAGAGAACUGGUAACAACUUGUUUGAGAGUAAUACUGUUUCACAAGGCAAUCUAAAACUACCAAUGAUAGGAUAGACUACAAUAACACCAGAGCGUGACUACUAAGGGGAAAAGAGAGGUCUGGAGAAGUAGAAAAAUAGAUUGAACAAUUUAAUUAAAAGUCAAUAGAGAUAGAUGGGUUCUCUAAUAGAAAGCAGAGCAGAUAACUCACCUUAUGGUGUGUAAAAUGAAUUAAGGCAGAGUCAAUCUAAUUUGUCAACAAUAGUUGAUAGAAUUCAAGAGAAGCCCUACUUGAAUAUGGCUAGCAAUUCCCAACUUAACCACAACACUAUAAAUUCGUCCAGACUCCAUCAAAGGGAGUUGCCUGCUCACCCAAACAUCCGUAACUCCUACUCAUAAUUCCCAGUCACCAGAAAGAACAAAAUCUCUGAGACUUCUAAAAGUUUUGCUGAUUUGAAAAUAAGACCUAGCGAGAACAGAUUUAAUGGAGGCAAAAGAGAAUUAGAAUUAGAUUCUAUUGCAUCAGAUCUGUCUGGAGAUGAAUGGCAUGAGAUCAUUAAAUUUGAGAGAGAGAGAUUUGAAGAGGAUAAGCAAAAAUAGAAGGAAGACUUCUUAAGCAAAAGGAAAAUGAUCAAAGAAACUCUUGACAAGUAAUUGAAGGAAAGAAACUAAAGAAUAAAGCAAGAAAUAGAAGACAAGAAAAGAUUCGAUUAGGUAUUACUAGCUAAUGCUAAAUAAUAGGAAGAAGAGUAACAGAAAAAACUAUUAGCAUUGAAAAAUAAGAUAUAUGAACAAAAGAAUAUGAGAGACGUUUAACUAUAAAUGGCUUAACAAAAGAAGAGCACAGACUUUUAGAGUCAAAGAGAAAAUGAGUUAGAAAUAAUGAACAAGCUAAAACAAGAAAUAGAGUAAGAAAAACAGAUGAAAAUGGAGAAAAAGAAAAAUGAAAGAGACAAUGCCUGGAAAGUUAUUAAUGAAAACCAGGAAUAUAAAUAAAAGCAACUUUAGCAAAAAGAUAUAGAGAGGGAAAGAGAUAAUAAGCAAAUGGAAGAGUAUAAUAAAUUGCUAGAGCUCUAGGACUAGAAAAGAGCUUAGGAGUGGGCUUAAAGAGAAAACAGAAUCUAGUCACUAAUGAAUAAAAUGGCUGAUACAGUAGUUAAGAGAAGUAACGAGCAGGAAAGGGAGAUAGAGCGUCGAGUUAUGAAAUAUUAGACAGAAAAAGAGGAAAGAGAUAAAUUGGAUGAGUAAAAGCGCAAGGACGCUAUGAGAAAACGGUAGCUAGAGAUCAGAGAGAGACUUGAUCAGUAGGUUAUAGAGAAAAAGCAAUAAAAGCAGCAUGAAAGCUAUGUGAAUGAUGAUUACAUGAAGAAAUGGAUCGAUUUAAGCGAGAAGGAUGCUUAAGAGCGUAGAGCUAAGGAAGAAAUGAAUAAGUAAAAGAAGAGAGAAGUGCAAGACUUUUUGUUACAGUAAAUGGGCGAAGUGCCAUGUGAAAAUGGAGUGCCUUCAAUAGUGUCAGUGACCAAGCGCAAAGGCAAGGGCUAGAACAUCAAUGUGCCUAUGACUACUGAGGAGCUAAGAAUUAACAAACAGCUGCUUAAGGAGAUUAGCAAGAAAAAAAGAGAGAAAAAUUCUGUAAUAAAUGGCGGUAACAACUUGGGCAGCGUGGCUGGAUAUGGAAUGAGCGAGAUGUCAGUCACAGAUAUCAAUAACAACUUGAACAUUUGA